UGGGCCUAGCAGUGCGCGGGAAAGAAGUAGAGCGCGCUCAGGCGUGCGGGGUGGCCGUGGCCGCAGGGCUCACUUCGCCCCGCGCGGCGGUCUGGGUCUGGGCGUUCUUCACACUUCGGUGGCCGCAGUAGGGUUAGUGUGGGUCUAGUUGCCAGAAGCCAUUCCACAAGCUCGGGCCUCAGGCCUCCUGGCCCUUCAGCUCCCGACCCUCCCGGAGGGCUGCCCGGCCUCUGAGAGGAACCAGAUUAUCUUUUAUUUUCUCCAGAAUAUUUCAGGCAUAUAACGUAACCUAGGUGUCCCCCACCCGCUCCAGGCAGACCUUCCCAGUGCCUGAUAAGGACAGAGGUUUCUCAACAACUUCUCUGGCUCAGGUUUCUCAGGGCGGGAUAACAUGAGUAAGCGGAAGAAGCUGCGGACCUCAGGAGAAGGAAUUUGUCCACCAAAACCCCCAAAGCACCCAAGGCUCGGAGACCCUGACGGGGAUCCUCAGAGUUUCCAGUUUGGCCCUUUGGGUCACCCUGAAGAGUCAAAAGGCAGUUCAGGACCUGUUCCCUCUACAGAGCAGAGUGGGGAGGAAUCAGGACAGGAGGCCUCCAGCUCUCUGGACAAGGAAGCUGGAGCUCCUUCCAGGAGCCUCUCGCAACCAGAAAAGGAGCCAAUCCCCUUUCCUCCUUCCCAGAACUCAGACAGGAGGUUUGUCCCGCAGUUUGCAAAACCCAGGAAGGCAGUGACAAGACUAGCUGCUACGAGGGAAGAGGACCUCGGGAGUGGGGCCUUUAGCUCGGAGACACCACCAGAGCCCAGUGCCCAGCAGGCAGGAAGCCAGCCGUGGCAGGAGUCCCCAGAGCUCACUAUCUUGGAGGCCUGGGAGCCAGGAGACCAGACGCAAACAGAUGGCACCCACUCCAAGCACAGUGUCCAAAGCGCUGUAACACCUGUGUCCAGCAGGGGGGAUUCUCAGCCUGAGGUCUCCAAUGACAUUUCUUCAGAAUGGGGGAUGGUGCCCUUGGUUUCAGAGAGUGCCAGCCAGGACUGUCUGUUGAAACAAGGGACCGAUUUGCCAGAUGCUGGAAGCACAGAGGGGGGUUGGAUUCCAGGUGAUCUCAGCCAGAAAGGGCAUCUGCCAAGCAGUGGUGCUGAGGAGAAGGAGCCAGACCAAGGAGUCCCACAGGAGGAAGGUGGCCAAGGGGGAACAGGGACUGACCAGGAGAAAGGAGACAGCGUCCUAGGCCUGGUCACUCAGGGCUCAGAGCCAGGAUCUGCAGCCCAGGCCCCACCUGACCCCCUGCAGAUACUCGGCAGGGUUGGCAAGGAAGCAGGAGGGCGCUGUAGCAGCCCCAGACACUCCUCCCUUAGGAUCAGUGUCAUCACAGAUGUGGGCACAGACCCCACCAAGUCAGAACAGAGGGCUCUGGGGUUGACGGGGCCAGAUGAGAAGGCUAACACCCAGGCACCUGCCUCUCCCAGCGGGAAGGCCCCUGAUGGAGGCCAUAGCGGGGCCCUGCUCACAGGCCCGCCUCUCGCUGGGGAGACCACAGAAAGCAGAGGAGAGGAAGGGUGGGAGGCCGACCCCCCUGGUGAUGUCUCCAGGGGCCCUGCAGCCUCCCUGGUUCUGGCUCAUGAGACCCAAGAGCCCUCAGUAGGUGCUGGAUGUCCCAGUCCUGUAGCCUCAGAAAUUGACCCAGUUGUUGGUCAGACACAGGUACCAGACCUGGGUCAAGAAGGGCUGGGAGGUGUGUGCGCGUUGUCUUUGUUGUCACAGCCCUCAGGUGAAAAGGCAGCCGAAUUAGGUAGCCAGAGCCAUGAACAAGACUUUGGGGGGUUCAGUCUGUCCCUUGGAGCCUCUGUUCCACCAUUGCGCAGAGAAACAGCAGUUGGUCCUCCCCCGGAUGCCAGGGCCCACCAGGGCAGCCCAGAUGCCCCUGCAGGCCCGGCAGGCCAGCCCAAGCAUCCUGACCCUGCAGACCAGGCCGCCUUGGAACUUGACUUCCUGCCAGACAGCCAGAUACAGGAUGCCCUGGAAGCCCUCAACUUUGAAGCCCCACCUGAGCAGUUUCCUGCAGGGAGCGGGGUGGGCCCUUGCUGGCCUGGCACCAGCCUGAGUACUGAAGGAGGCCCCCUCAUCGAGUCUCAGCCAAGUACCCACAAGGGGAUCAAGCCCCGUGAAGCCACCAGGAUGGAGGACGCAACCAAUACCAUGCGCGGCCUCAUUAUUGAACUCUCCAACCUGAACCGGCUGAUCAUGAAUGCCCACCGGGACCUGGAAGCAUUCAAGCGCCUCAACUACCGGAAGGCAAAGCCUGCAGGGAAAGCCCCCAUGCCCUACACAUCAAAGGGGGCUGGGGCUCUCCCGAGAGGGGAGCAACCCUGGCGGGAUUUGUAGAUGCUUCCGAAUGGGGAAGCUGGGGGACUGUGUGCAGGGCUUACCCCUCCCAUGGAUGUAUGUUUUGUUCAAACCCUGGCCCCAGAAGUGCCUGAUGUUCCUGCCACAGAGCUGUCAACAAUCCCCCUGCAGACCCCGGAAAGCCUUCAGUCCCUGAUGUUGCUCCUGGUAUUUUGUUACCCCUGGUACUUUGUUAUCCCCAAGAUGCUCCAGCGGGUCCUAGUGGGCCCCAGAAACUGCCCUUUAGCCGACCUGGAAGUCAGCCUCCCUGGGAAACCCUGGGUCCACAGCAGCCCUCUGGAGUCUGUAUGGGGAGGGAACCUGCUCCCCGAGAGGCUGAGGCUGCAGGGGGAAGUGGAGGCGGGCUGGGGCCCCAGGAGCAGGGCCCAGAGCCACCCAGAUGUUUAUCUGGGUUUGCAAAUUUUGGCUCCUUAGCUGAGGUUAUGGCAGGUUCAGAAUUUGUUUCUUUCCUGGAGGAAAAAGGGCCCCCUUUGUUGGUUGUGCGUUUGUCUCUCUCUGGAUUUCCAUUUUAUUUAUUUUGGGAAGAGCACUAAUAAAUGAUUCCCCAGCAAGGCCCCGGACCUGCUGUUUGAAGGUUGAAGCCUUUGGGUUCCUUGAUAUUCGGCCCACAAACCUAACUGCCUCUUUCCCCUUUUGCUUCUCAUCCUCCCUAGGAGGGCAAGUAGGGCUAUUGCUGGGACACAGGUCAGGGUGUCCGCACGAGAUCCCGAGUGUGUGGGAUUCCCUGGGAGCGGGUGGCUGUGUGGGCCCAUUGAGGCACCCACGCCAGCACCUGUGAGGCAGUGAGCCCACAGGACUCACCUGGAGAGGUGUUUUUUCCCCGUGCUCAGUGGCCCUGUCUGUUCUCCAUGAGACAAGCUGCUUUGAAGCCCCAGACCGGAAGGAGGCAGUCCUGGGGGGUUGUUAUUAAGACAGGAUGUCAAGGAGGGGUCACUGCACACCUCAUCCCCCACAAGCCUGACCACAGCCCCCAAGGUAGCAUCAGAAGCAGCCCCAGACACUGUCAUCAAACCCAUUUCUCAGAAAAAAAGCUAUUUCUAUGAAAUUGGUCACC